AAGGGGUCUUUACUAUCUGCAGAUGAGCUAGCAAUGGAAACCCAGAAGGGGAAUGAGAUGAGUGACGGCCAAAUAACAGGAACACAGGAAGUCCAAAGUGACUAUUUUCAUUGUUGUCACAGUAAGACCUUUCGGGAUGCUCCAUACACAUUUUUAGCAAUUCAUAUAUCUUCAGCAGUGAUCCUGUUCAUGACCGAUGGGUUAGUGGGAGAAUACUCUGGUUUUGUCUAUAGUUAUGCUGUGGAAGAACCGCUGUCAUUAGCGCACAAGACAGCCGGCUAUCUACCGAGCCUCCUCUGGGCUUCCAUCACUUUAGGAAGACUUAUCUCCAUUCCAGCG